AUGGAACCUCUGCCAGGAUGGGGGUCUUCACCCUGGAGCCAGGCCCCUACAGACAACACCUUCAGGCUGGUGUUGUGUGUCUUCCUUUUGAACUUCCUGCAGUGUAUCUCUGUCCAGCCCUUGUGCAGAGAGGAGGAGUAUUCUGUGGGGGGCGAGUGCUGCCCCAUGUGCAACCCAGGUUACCAUGUGAAGCAAGCCUGCAGUGAGCGGACAGGCACAGUGUGUGCCCCCUGUCCCCCACAGACAUACACUGCCCAUGCAAAUGGCCUGAGCAAAUGUCUGUCCUGCGGAGUCUGUGACCCAGACAUGGGCCUAGUGACCUGGCGGGAGUGCUCCAGCCGGGAGGACACUGUGUGCCGCUGCAUCCCAGGCUAUUUCUGUGAGACUCAGGAUGGGGACCACUGUUCCACCUGCUUGCCGCAUACCACCUGCCCUCUGGGACAGAGAGUACUAAAGAGAGGUAAUCAUAGCCAGGACACUGUAUGUGCUGACUGCCUGACAGGAACCUUCUCACCUGGAGGAAAUCAGGAGGAAUGUCUGCCCUGGACCAAGUGCAGUUCAUGGAUUCAGAAAGAAGCAGAACGUGGGACCAGCAGCACAGAUGUCACCUGCUCCUUCUCCUGGAAAUUCUAUGUCGUUUUGUUCAUCUCUUUGGCUCUUUUGGCGGCUUUACUAGCAGUCUGCAUCUACUUUGGAAGAAAAAUACUGCAUACCAGACAGGUGGCCCAGGAACUGGAGCCUUUGCAGGGGCAGAAACAAGACAACACUGUCAAGUUGCCAGUCACCGAGGUUGGGCUCGCUGUGGCCGAGGAAGAGACAGCUUUCAACUGUGUGGAUUCUGUGUGAUAAGACACCUGAGAGGCCCUAGUGGGAAACUUCCAUAUGCCUGUGGAGCGUGGCUGCUGCCCUGGGCUGCUCCAGUACCAUGCAACAGUGGAGAUGAGGUUUUAGCUCAGAGUCGAGGAGUUGCUUUACCAUUCUUACUGUUAAAUGGGGUCCAGGGGUCUCUACAUUUUCCCAUCUGUUCCCAUGUGCCCCUUCACCCAAAUCCUUGGAGGUGGUAAGCCAAAACCUCCGGUGUCAAUAGCAGCUACCACUGGCCCUACUGCCCAGCUCUUCCAGUCAGUCCAGAACAGCUCAGUCUAAACCCUAGGCUUCUGCCAGUUCUGGAUAUGUUAAGCCCAGGCCUGAUCGUCUGUUGGGCUGGUGAGCCCUGCGUCCUGGAGCUGGGGUGUACCUAGUGAGAUGUGAACAAGGCAUUAGGGGAUUCGUUUAUUUUGGGGGUCCAAGCUAUAUUCCCAGCAAUAUUUUCAUUUUUAUUUUGAGGAGGAGUCCUAUGAAGCUGUCAGGACUCAUCCUGUAUCUCAGGCUAGCCUUAGAUUUGAUCCCCUACCU